AUGCCGUCGGCGGAGCCGUGGACCUGGGAGAACGCCGCCGCCGGAGCGACCGCCGGCUUCGCCACCGUCGCGGCCUUCCACCCGCUCGACGUCGUCCGCACUCGCUUCCAAGUGAGCGGCGGGAGGGGGUUGUCCGACCUGCCGCCGUACAGGAACACGGGGCACGCUGUAUACACCAUCGCACGAUCUGAGGGCCUGAGGGGACUUUAUGCUGGCUUUUACCCUGCAGUUCUUGGAUCGACCGCUUCUUGGGGGCUAUAUUUCUUUUUUUAUAACAGAGCUAAACAAAGAUACUCUCAGGGGAAGGAUGUUCAGCUCCGUCCAUUCGACCAUCUUGUCUCAGCCGCAGAAGCAGGUGCUUUGGUUUGCCUGUUUACAAAUCCCAUAUGGCUGGUGAAAACACGAAUGCAACUACAGACACCUGGACAUGCUGCACCUUACUCUGGAUUUUCUGAUGCUUUGAGAACUAUUCUGAAAGAGGAGGGAUGGCUAGCACUUUAUAGAGGGAUCGGACCUGGACUUAUGCUGGUCACCCAUGGUGCGAUACAAUUCACAGCCUACGAGGAGCUUCGCAAGGCUAUGAUAUUUGCCAAAAGUAAACAAACAAGUGCAGACAACAGAGGCAGCGAGGAUUUAUUGAAUUCCGUUGAUUAUGCGGCACUUGGGGCUGGUUCAAAAUUAUCUGCUAUUCUGCUUACUUAUCCUUACCAGGUUAUCCGAGCCCGCUUGCAGCAACGACCUGGUAGUGAUGGUACCCCAAAGUACUCAGACAGUUGGCAUGUAGUAAAGGAAACUGCAAGGUACGAAGGUGUCCGUGGAUUUUACAGGGGCAUCACAUCCAACUUACUGAAGAACCUUCCAGCAGCUUCCCUCACGUUUGUGGUGUAUGAAAAUGUUAUCAAACUACUUAGAGCAUCCAAGGACAAGGCAUAGUUCCAACUUAACUCGACCAAGGAGAAACAUAGGAGGAAAAUAGGAAAAAAGAGAAUUGUUCCAUCCUAAUACAUAAUCUGCUCCCACUAUCCUGAGUUCAACGUGAGCACGUGAUAUUUUAUCACAUUUCUUAGUUCAGGUGUUAUUCAGUUAACACCAACAGAUUUUGUUUUGACAAACAUUCUUUGUAGAGGAAAAUCCAUUUACUAUCUCUUCAGUAAG